CCUUAUUUCAGCGCGGCAGCGUGGGCAUAAAGAGCAGAGAGCGAGGCGCUUCCUCCCACUGUCACCACCAUCCUCUGGAGCAGAGCCGAGGGACACACUGGGAUCAUCCUGUGGGAUCUAGGAGCUCGACCUUCUCCGUCCAUCAUGUUCUUCACAAUGAAGCAGUCCGCUGUGGUAACAUCCACCUGUGACUCUCUCGCCACGGUCUGUUCAGGCGCAGACUGCCUCGUUCCUCCCAGUAACUUUAACGCCAUCCUGAGCACCGUGUUGAGCGCGGUGCUCACCGUGAUGCUGGCCUUGGUCAUGUUCGCCAUGGGGUGCACCGUGGAGGCCUCAAAGCUGUGGGGCCACAUCAAGAAACCCUGGGGCAUUGUCAUCGGCUUCCUCUGCCAGUUCGGCAUCAUGCCCUUCACGGCCUUUGCGCUCUCUUUAGCCUUCGGGGUGCUUCCAGUGCAGGCCAUCGUCAUCAUCAUCAUGGGCUGCUGUCCUGGAGGAUCCAGCUCAAACAUCAUCUGCUACUGGCUGGAUGGAGACAUGGAUCUGAGUAUCAGUAUGACUGCUUGCUCCUCCAUCCUGGCCCUGGGCAUGAUGCCGCUCUGUCUGUUCGUUUACACCAACACCUGGACUUCCAGCGACUCCAUAAAGAUUCCUUUUGACAGCAUCGGAAUCACACUUGCAGCCCUCCUUAUACCCAUUGCAGUGGGAAUUUAUGUAAAAAGCAAGUGGCCUCAAACGGCGAAAAAGAUCCUCAAGGUGGGUUCUAUUGCCGGGUUUGCGCUCAUCAUCAUCAUAGCCGUGGUUGGAGGAGUCCUCUACCAGUCCUCCUGGGUCAUUUCUCCCUCCUUGUGGAUAAUUGGAGCCGUCUAUCCGUUCAUUGGGUUUAGCCUGGGUUUCUUUUUGGCCCGGUUUGUGGGCCAACCUUGGUACAGGUGUCGAACAAUUGCACUAGAAACCGGUUUCCAGAACGCCCAGCUGUGCAGCACCAUUGUCCAGCUGUCCUUCAGCGCUGAAGAGCUGGAGGUCAUGUUUGCGUUCCCGCUCAUCUACAGCAUCUUCCAGCUCGUAGCUGCACUCUGCGCCGUGAUCGCCUUCCAGGGAUAUAAAAGGUUGUGUGGAAAAGGUGAUGAUGGGCUGGACAAUGAGGCCAGGACCCGAGACGAUGACGACACAAUUAAACCGACGGGCUACGCUCUGGACAACAAGGCUUUUGACUCUGAUGAACUGAAAGGCACCUACACAAACAUAAAACUGUGAGACUUUAAACCUGCUGAAGACCAUGGCGUUCUAGAACUGUGAACACACACUGCCCUCUGCAGGCUGAAAUGUGCAAAACAUGCAACAGUUGGGCUGUCUGCAAAGAUUUCUGGCUGAAAUACCAGCAGUCACAUGGGGGAAAGUGCUGGAAAGUGUUUUAAACAUACAGUCCUGAUUUCUUUUAAUUUAUUUAUGUAGAUAUUUAAAAACAGCAUCCGGUAACUUCCUGUUUCCUAGUUCAGAAACUGAAUGUUCGGGGCUGUUUUAGAAGAUUUACUCAGAUAUAUUUUAAACUUAGUAUAACUGAAGAAUAAUUUUGUGACUGAAAUGACAGAAUAGGGACACUGAAAGAAGGAGAAACGAGGUUGUGACAAAGUUAAUGUUUACAGGAAGCUUGAUUUCAGGCUCUUUAUUAUGUCGAAAUUCAUAUAUUAGAACUUUGGUCACAACUUGUGAGUGAAAUCCUCCUUUCAGAACAUUUACAUUAUCCUGAAAGUAGACCAAUAAAAGGGGGACUGAAGUAAAGCAAUCACCCAAAAUUGCUAUUUGUUCUGAUCCAGAUCCAACCUCCUGUGGGUUUCUUCUCCGUUUCGAUUUUCUCAUUUUCUACUUUGUUUUUAACAUUUUACACUGAGACUCUUUUUAUAAUAAAACAAUUUUUGUGCAAUAUUGAUAAUUUUUCAUCAAACUGAAGUCACAUACACAGUACCUACUCUUUACUGCAACAGCUAUGUAUUAUUAAAUAUAUAUAUUGUAUUACUUGAGUUUUUAUGAGUACUGAAAUAAAAUGCUUGUAUAAAAUGUAAUUUAUCAGCUGUUGUCAAAAUGCUCUCUGAGAAAUUGUGGAUUUGUUGUAAUAAAACUGUAUUUUUGUUGUAAUGGUUCUUGUUUAGACAUGAAUGAAAUUACUUUUGACAUCUUGACUUGCAUAAAUAAACUCCUGGCAAGCUGUGCUGUCU